AUGAAUGAUUUGCAGGACAACUUAGCUAAAGAUGAGAAAAAUAACAAAAAAUACGAACAACCGAAGAAGUUUGCGAAAGCAAAGCAAACAAUGAGACCAAUAAUUAAAUUACGGAAUCGAAAUUUUCAACUAGAAAAUGAAUUCGAUCAGCAAAUUUUCCCUUCUCAACAGUGGCAUUCCAAAAACAGCUCAAUUUUGACAUCAAACAAGUCUGGAUGGCAAUAUUCAGGAAUUCUGAGUACUUUGCAAGGAAAUGUGAAAAGCAGACAUCUAAAAAAUAAAAUAAAUAUUUUAGGCUUGAAAAAAGUUAAGGAGCAGGAAACCGUAAGUGUGCUAAAUAAGAAAAAGGAAUGGUUGGAAGAUUUGAACGAUUAUUUCAAAUUUUGGAAUUUAAGUGAGAAUUCAUCUGAUGCGAUGGCCAUCAAUCCUCUCGAUAUUUCACGAAUUUUAACAAGUAAUAAAAUAUGUUCACUACUUGAAAAUUCUACGUUAUGCUGUGAAGAAAUAAUCAAAAAGACACUUAAUUUUACAAAUAUCGAUGAAAAGCAGCUCAAAACUUUGGAAAAGCAAUCAAAAUGUCGCAAAUUUUGUACUGAUUUUGAUUUGGAAACUGGAUACUUAAAUAAUCUCACGGAAAAUUUUUGCUCAGAAAAUAGUGCAGCAUCUGCUUUUUUGUCUGUGAAUAAAUCUCAAGUUAUUAUUUUUAAAAAAACAACUGAAAGGAAUACUGAACCACAUAGGAAUUCGAGUUUUUUUGAAUUUGAACUUAGGCUUGAGCAUACAAUUCAGAGUUUAAGCAAAGCAUUGAAUACGAAAGCACUACAAAAGCAAACUAAUGGGAAUGCCUCUCUAUAUUAUCUGAUCGAAUUUUCCAAAGUUAUUGAGAUUGAAGCCGAACAACGCUUAGCUAUGCAGCUUCUGCAAAAUUAUCAACAUCAGUAUAUUAGAAAAACUUUCAGCAAUUUAAUUCAGGUUUGUUUAAUAAUUUGGAAAAAGUCUCAAAUAAGUUGCAUGGAACGUUAUUACUAUAGCUGGUGUCUUAAGAAUGAAUCAAAGGGAUGCACAGAUCAUGUCUUGAAAUCCAUUUCUUGCUAUAAUUUUACGAUUGAGAACUUCGAAAUUACAAAAAGUACUGAAGUGCUUUGUAAAACACUAAAUGAAUCUGAUUUUAUUGGGAAUUCUUUUCGCAAAAUUAAUAGGAAUUUAAAAGGCAUCUUAAUGUUACAAUUUGUAAGCACAAAUAUGCUUCAAAAUAUCUCUAAAUUGAACGAAUAUCCAAAUGGAAAAUUUUCUGAGAAAUGGCAGAAAUAUGCUAAUAGAAUCAAGUUAAAAAGCGUAGGAAGAACUGGCAGGGUAGAAACAAACGAAGAUGAAGCAUCAAUUUUGCAAGACUUUAAUGUGGGAAAAUUAGUGAGAUUAUCAGAAACACAAGCAAUACCUGUGAAUCAGUCGAGUUUUAUUUUGCAAGAAGAAUCGAGAGAAAUUGAUAGGAAGCAGUUGACUAAUUUCUUCACAACACUUACACCCAGUAAUGAAGUGGAAUCAAAAAACUUGAAGAUUUCUGAUGGAACUUCAAUUGAUUUCAACUAUGCAAAUAAUUCUUUUGCUAUGAAUGCAGGUAAUGCAACUGAUGAAAAGGACGUUCAUGAAAGCAGUGACUCUUUAAGGAAGUAUACUCUGACUCUGACUAAUAACUAUGUGCUAAGUGAACUAAAACUGAAGAACAAGCCAGAAUGGAAGCCAUUUCAUUUCGAUUGCAAAACGGAAGAAAAUGAAUUCAAUACCACAAGCUGCAAUGACUGGGCAGCUGCAGGAUACUGUGAAUCAAAUAAAGCUACUAGAUUCCUGUGGUGUCGCAAGACGUGUCUCUGCACAGGGCCAUCUCAGUCCUGA